AUGGCGGGCACCAAGUCCUGCCGCUUUUGCGGCAGCGAAGAGCUGGAGAGGAGCGAGAACAAGGGGGAACUCACUUGCUGCAGGUGUGGGGCCGUGCUUGAGGAGAGCGGCAUUGUUGAAGGUCUUCAAUUCACAGAGUCUGCUGGGGGCGGCAUGUCCAUGGUGGGCCGCUUCGUGCCCGCGGGAGGCACUGGCCGCAGCUUCGCCUUCGGGGGCGGCGAGACGAGAGAGCAGGCGCUGCAGCGGGGCCUCUCCAACAUCCAGUCUGUUGCAGACUCCAGCACAGCUGAGCGCCGGCAGCAGCAGCAGCAGCAGCAGCACUCGCCGCAGCGCUGCAUGCCGACCCCUCCCUCCCCGACAACUGCCGCACGCCCCCCUCGCCGCCCACCCCCCCUCCCCCCACCCCCCGCUGCUGCUGCUGCUGCUGCUGCUGCUGCUGCAGAGCGGCUGCGGCUGUCGGGCUCGCAAGUUGCUGCUGCGCACCGGCUGUACUUGAUGGCCUCGCAGCGCAACUUCAGCGUCGGCCGCAAAGGCCUGCUGGUGGCCGGGGCUUGUCUGUACGCGAUUUGCCGCCGCGAGAGGAGCCCGCACCUGCUGGUGGACUUCGCAGACGCGCUGCAGGUCAGCGUGCGCUCUCUGGGGCAGAUGUUCCUGAAGCUGCUGCGGGUCCUCCACGUGCAAGUUCCUCAUAUCGACCCCUCUCUCUUCAUAGAGCGUUUCGCGCUGCAGCUGAACUUGGGAAGCAAAACGCAAACUGUCGCUCACACCGCAGUCAGGCUCGUGCAGGCAAUGAAGAGGGACUGGAUCGCUACAGGAAGGAGACCUAUGGGCCUCUGUGGGGCGGCGCUGCUGAUUGCUGCUCGCUACCACGACAUACAGAUUGACGCAGAAGACGUGGCAGUAGCUGUGCGAAUCUCCUGCCCCACACUUUCCAAAAGGCUGUAUGAGUUUAGGCGGACUGCAGUGGCGCAGCUGCCAGCAGCAGCUUUGGGGGAGACGGAUUUGCUGCAGCUGCCAGCGCUGCCGCUGCCCCCCUGCCGCCUCACCAAGAAGAGGCAGCAGCCGCAGCAGCAGCAGCAGCAGCAGCUGCUGCAGGACGGCAAGAAGACACUUAGUCUCGAAGACGGGCCUGUAGCAGCAGCAGCAGAUUCUGCCGCAGCAGCAGAUCCCUCAGCAGCAGCAGCAGCAGAGCCUGCAGUCGCUGGGGAACCCGCUGCAGAAGCAGCAAGUGGAGACCACGGGGGGCCCUCUGCUGCUGCUGCUGCUGCUGCAAAUACGGGCUCAGGGGCCCCAGGGGCCCCCCAAGCUGCAGCAGCAGCAGAACGCGAGGGCCAAAAAGAGGCAGCAGGCGAUGAGCAGCAGCGGGUGUGCAGCAGCAGCGAUGCCUUGUGCAAUGAGCAACCCUCCUCGGGCGACAUUUUAUCCGUGGCGGGUUGGAUCGUGGAGACCAUUAGUGCCUCUCCUGCUGCAGCAGCAGACGCAGCAGCAGGUGCAGCAGCACCCGCAGCAGGAGACGCAGCAGCAGCAACAACAGAGACCCCCGCAGCAGAGAGCACAGAUGGCAGACCUGCAGCAGGACACGCAGAGGCAGACGCAGCAGCAGCAGCAGCAGCAGAACCAGACGGGGAGGAAGCACUGCAAGCAGCAGAAGGCGGAGACCCUCUAGCAGACCUCCUCAGAUCUGUUAGGGCUAGAGCUGACGAGCUGCUGCUGCCCACAGAGACACAAGGCCUGCCAGCAGCAGCUAGCAGCGGUGAGGGGCGGGCGGGGGCCUCUGGACCAGCAGCAGCAGCAGCAGCAGAAGCAGCAGCAGCAGCAGGGGAAGCAGCAGAAGGGUUGGAAGAGGAAGACCCGGCGGAGUCAGAAGAUGGGCUCGAAGACAUGCUGCUGAAUGAACACGAGAGAGAGGCAAAGGCCCUCAUUUGGGAUGACUUGACCCGCGACAUAAUGCCCGAAGUGCAUCGGCGGCUGCGUCAGCGGAAGCAGAAGGAGAGGGAGCAGCAGCAAAACCAGAACAAGAGGCGCCGCCCCCAGGCCCAGCGGAACGCGGCUCUUGCUGCUGCUGCAACUGCAGCAGAGUCCGUACGGCUCUCGCUAGAACGCAAGGGAAAGGGCCUUGCCCAGCGCAUCGACGAGGAAGCCCUCGAGGCCCUUUUUGCUGCCAGGAAGGUCAUAGAACCCUAG